CUUGACACAUGUGUUUUUCAACGAAGCUAGAAUCUGUGCUAAAUUGAAAACCGCCAAAACAUUUACUCAGCGUUUCCAGCAAGAUGACCGAUAUACACGCGAGCGAACCUCGUCAUGUUUUGUUUUGUUGUCAUGCAGUGCAAAUGAUUUUAUAUUUAUUUGCAUGGAUUCAGCAUGGACGGCUCUUGAUGUAGUAACUCAGACUAUGGUUCAAAAAGCUAUUGCCGAUCCCAAGACGGUUGAUUUGGAGAAGCUGUCUAACGCUAUUGUAGAGCAGUCAUUGAAAGACCUCUCAUUCUGUAAAGAUGCUGGCCGCAUGUGUUAUGUUGUAGUUCAGGCAGAAGCUCAGAAAGCUGCUACCAGUGCAUUCAGGCGAAAUCUGUUGAUGCGUCUACAGCAGGAGUUCACUGCCAGGGAGGAGACCCGAAACCGCUCCGUGCAGGAGUGGGUGUGUUUGGUCACAUUUAUCUGCAGCAUAUUUGAUUACAUAAAGGUGAACAAUGCACCUCUUGUGGCCCUUGUGGAUCCAAUAUAUGACUGCCUCUUUAGGUUGGCUCAGCCAGAUGCCUUGAUGAAUGAGGAAGAGGUGGACUGUCUGGUCGUUCAGCUCCAUCGUGUCGGCGAGCAGCUGGAGCAAACAAACUCCCAGCGCAUGAAUCAGCUGUUUUAUUCGCUACGGGAUGGUUUUCUCCUUCAGGAAGACCUCAGCUCCAUGACAAGACUCUUGCUCCUGGAGAUCUUGGAGUUCAGGGCCAGUGGCUGGACCCUCACUAACACUGCGCACAAAUACUACUACAGUGAAGUAGCUGACUGAGGGGGACUGUGAAGAGAGUGAUGUUCCUUGUUAGCAUUAGGAUUUCAAGCAUUCACUGUUCUCAGAAGGUCUAAAGAGUACUUAAUGGGAGAAAAAAAAACAUGUAAUAGUACUAUGGAGAAUUAUGACAGAGCUCAUGUUCAUGCAUUUGCAUGUGUUGUGUUCGGAGUUUGAGUUUAGCUCAGAAUGUUCAUGUUUGGUGUUCUCUUUUGAAGUCAGCAUCAUGAAUCCGCACUGGAUAUUGAUUUGAUGCGUUAAAGGAAAAGCAAUCACUACCAGAUCCAAACCUGUGAGCCACCAACAGUAUUAUUGAAUGGUAGUUGCCUUUUUUUUUUUUUUUUAAUUCUUAGAGGUUUGAUACAAUGUACACUCUUCAUAUUUUCACAAGCAGAAGGGGUCAUAUUGCAGACUCAGAGGACGAUUGUCUGACCUUUACCUGUGUUGUUAAAAAAAAUAGGAUACCUUGUAAAAGUUACUUAAUUUUAUAUAAGUUUAUAAUGGCAUACAUUGUUAAAGUUUCUGAACGGGCCAAUCUGUGUGAAAUAUGUUCAGUCAUGUUGGCUGCUGUAAGGUUAUUUUUCCAAAUUUGAGAGCGUUUACAUUGUCUUGUUUAUAUACUAUAAAGUCCGCUAUUUUGAUUUUCAUAAGUAUAAGUUUUGCUUGUUCUCUCUCUCUCUCUCUCUCUCUCUCUCUCUUUCUCUCUCUCUCUCUCUCUCAUUAUAAGUACAUGGUUCUAGAAUGGGAUUUUAGAGUUAAACAGUAUGGCUAGUUUACUAAAUUGUAAAUUUGUAAGUUACUAAGAAUGACUUUAAACAGUGCCAUAUACAGUGGGUAUAGAAAAUAAUCACCCCUUUUAAAAUAAUUACGUAUUGUU